AAUUCAAUAAUUCUAUUAAUUCACUUUCGAUUAAAAUUAAUAAGAAACAUAAAAAAUUGUGGCAUCGAUUACACCUUAAUUACAUCUUAAUAAUAAUAAAAAAUAAUAAUAAUAAUUUCAAGAAAUCAAAAUAAAAAUUCGAAAAAUUUUCUUAAUCCAAAAUCAAAAUGGCGAAGCAUCAAAAAUCGUGCAAUCGUUGGAACAAUUGCAAAGUGAUCCGCGAUACGUCUAAGUACGAUGUUUGGACGCACCCUCGUGUACCCCCCACAUAACCCGCGAUGACAGUGAGCGUGACGCGAAAAGCGCUGGUGGUCAAUAGAUGUAUUAAAUCGUAGACAUUAAGUCGAACAAAGUGAAGCUUCGAGCGGGAAAGAGGGAGAAUCGGGCGAACGAGUCGACGUUUCGUCACCUGUUCGCCCUGUUUCAUCAGCGAAAGCCUCGGCNAGGCCAGAACGCUGCCUCGUCGGUCCCCCUGCUCGAAAUGGGCGCCAGAGCAUGGGACUACGAGGCACUGCCGGAACUCAUCACCUCGACGGCGGUCACACCGAGCUCAACGCCCCCGAAUGCACAGCAGAAGGCGCCGAAAGUGUAUUUCCACGCGGAGAAUUUGGCCCCGAGGAGGCGGAGCAGCUCGAGGCUACUCGCGCCGCAAUCCUCGUACAGGAGGCGAAGCAGAAGUAUGAGCGCUUGGGGCGACUUGUCCAGGUCCUCGUUCAAGCUCGAUGAAAGAUCGGAAGUGUAUUUUUUUGAAAGAGCAUGGAAAUGUGGAUGUAACAGUUUUGGAUUUUUCAAUAGCAUCAAAAGCAUGAAGACUUCUGAACUUGGAACGACUCGUCCAAAGUUCAAGCUCGAUGAAAAGUUUACUGUGUUAUGAUCGCUGUGCUAUUUGAAUUGAAAUAGUUCAAAAUUGAUUUAAACUUAUCUAUCACUAACCUCGAGGUUAGUGGAAUGAUUGAAAAUCUUUGUAAAGGAUAUUUUUUUAUUUAGAUUGUACUUUUAUUUAGAAAAUAUAUUUUCA